UGGACAGUUGAAUGAUUAAUCUAAAACUACCAAAAAUAUAAAAUAUUUUCGGACUAAAAAAGAUAAUGGAAAACUAUUUUGUUAAUGCAAACAUAAUAAAGGAACGUGAAAAAUUUCUUACAACCGGUUGUACGAAGUUUGACACAUUACUUCAGGGUGGUAUAACUACUCGUGGGAUUACACAAAUUUAUGGAGCUUCAAGUACAGGAAAAACACAAUUAGCUUUACAAUUAUGUUUGACAGUGCAGUUACCUGAAACUGAAGGAGGUUUUGCUGCUGGUGCGAUAUAUAUUUGUACUGAAUCUAUAUUUCCAUCCAGAAGAUUACAGGAAUUGAUACAGCAACUUGAAAUUAUAAAAAAAUAUGGAGUAAAUGGUGAUUUAGUAUUUGUGGAACAUAUUUCAACUAUUGAAGAACUGGAAAUAUGUUUACUUCAUAGAAUUCCAGUAUUAAUGUCUGUACAAAAGAUAGGAUUAAUAGUUAUAGAUUCAAUUGCUGCUCCAUAUAGAGUAGAAGAUUGGAAAGAUGAAUUUAGUAAUAGAGCAAAGAGUUUAAGAACAAUUGGACAACAAUUGCAUAAGUUAUGUAAAAGUGAUAUUUGUAUAGUUUGUAUUAAUCAGGUAACAACAGCUAUAUAUAAUAAUGUACUUAAUGAUAAUUUGAGUGUACGACCAACUUUAGGAACAACCUGGUUAAGUAUGAUAACUAAUUCUAUAGAGUUUUAUAGAAUUGGUUCCUUAAGAUAUGCUUGUGUUAAAUUAUCAUCAAAUUUACCAGAAAUAACUAUUUCAUUUAAAAUCCAUGGAUGUGGGAUUAAAGCAAUAGAUUAAACAAAUUAAAUUGAACU